CCUUCAUUAGUGAUUCGGUUGAGCAAAUGUUUUUUUAUUUUAAUGAUUUAGUGAUUAAUACAAUGCUAACUGUUUUGUUCGUUUCAUAGAAUAAACUGUUAUUAAAUGUAAGACCAUAAUGCUUUAGCUAUUAAUGAACGUUAUUUUUGUAAAUACAACCACACUUAUCAUAACAGGGAAAACUCCUGGAGAUGCGACUGAGCUCUCCAUGUGACACAUCAUUAUAAAAAUGGCGCUUAUUAAAGAGGAGAGUGAAGAUGUGAAGAUUGAAGCAGCAGUCCGAGUGAAACAGGAAGAUAUCGAGACACAAACAGACCCAAUGGCUUUGAAAAAGGAAAGCCAAGAACUGAAUAAAAUGGAAGAGAAUCAGUAUGACAGAGAUCAGGAUUUUAUAAAUGGAGAAAAAUCCACACAAAAUGAUAAGACUUCCCCACAAAAAAGAGCUCAAAAGACUGAAUCUACCAGUUAUUUUACAUGCUGUCAUUGUGGAAAGACUUUCAGUCAAAAACAAAACCUUGAUGUCCACAUGAGAAUUCACAAUGGAGAAAAGCCUUUCACCUGCCAACAGUGUGGAAAGAGUUUCACUCAAAAACAAAACCUUAAAGUCCACAUGAGGGUUCACACUGGUGAAAAACCUUAUACUUGCAUUCACUGUGGACAGAGUUUUACACAUAAAGGAAACCUUAAUGCCCACAUGAGAGGUCACACUGGAGAGAGUCCUUACACCUGUGGACUGUGUGAGAAGAGCUUCUCACGAAAAGAAAGUCUUAAGACUCACAUGCGAAUUCACACUGGAGAGAAGCCGUUCAUAUGUGGUCAGUGUGGAAAGAGUUUCAGAUGUAAAGAAAACCUUAACUGCCACAUGAGGAUUCACUCAAGAGAGAACAGUUUUAUAUGUCAUCAGUGUGGAAAGAGUUUUCCUGACAAGAACCACCUUAGAAAUCAUGUAACAGCUCACAUUGGAGAGAAGCCUUUUAUGUGCCAUCACUGUGGAAAAACCUGCACAAACAAAGCAAUCCUUGAGAUUCACUUAAGAGUUCACACUGGAGAGAGGCCUUACACAUGCCCUCAGUGUGGAAAGAGUUUCACAAAUAAAGGAAACCUUAACAUUCACACGAGGCUUCACACUGGAGAAAAGCCUAUCACAUGUCUUCAGUGUGGAAAGUGUUUCACGUAUCACACAGACCUGAAACGACAUUUGCAAACUCAUUCUUGAAAGAAAUUGUAGUAAUUUUACAAAACCGUUUCAAAACUUACCUGCAGAUUCACUCCCCAAGUGAAAAAAGUGCACUUCCAUAAUGUACUUAAAGUGCACUUGUGUAGUGUACUAGUGAAUGAUAAUUGGGUUCAAGUGUACUACAAGUGGUAACAAAUUUUUUUUGAAUAGAGCGAUAGUAUGUUAAAAACACAUUUUAGUUGAUAUUAAUAGUUUCUCAAAAUAGCACAGUUGACUACAUUUAUCUUAAGUAUUUAAGAUUAGUUUUUAGUAUAUUACGAACAAAAUUUGUGUGUAAACAUUGCACCUUAAGUACAUUAUGGAAGUGCACUUUUUUUCACCUGGUUUUAAAGAAAGACAGCUUUAUGUUCUUUGUGUGGAAAAUGUUUUAAAUAGCUCAGAGGUUUAAAAUGGCACCAGAAAAAUAUUUUAAAUGUUUAAAGGUUUAACUUGUAUAUAUUUAAUUCAGUUUAAUACGUCAGAAUCACCACAAUUAUUA